ACACCGACUUCUCGGCACGGUUGCUUAGUCAUGCUUUGCUUGGCUGCUGUGGCUGGAGAAAAUCACGCUACGUCAUUUGCCUGUACAACAUUCCACAGCAGCAUCAGCAAUGCCUACAUUUGACAGUCUCCUCGCUAAGGGCAAGGCUAAGGUAAAAGAGCUCCAGGCUCAACACCUCGGAGGCCAAUCUCAGCCCCAGCAAGGCCAGCAAGGCUACCCGGGCCAGCAGGGUUACCCGCAACAGCCUCAGCAAGGCUACAACCAGCAACAACAGUACUCUCAGUCAUCAUAUUCAGGCGCCCAAUACCCACCACAAGGCCAAUACCAGCAGCCCCAGCAGCAACAAUGGGGCCCUCCACCGCCGCAGCAGCAACAGAACUGGGGCCCGCCGCCUCCCCAUCAGCAGCAAGGCUUCGCACCGCCUAUUCCACAGAAUAAGCCAAACUCGCCGGCACCUCCUGUUCCGCAAAACCGACCUACUUUUGCGCAGCCUCCACCACCACAGAACAUCCCGCCACCGUACAGCGAGAAAGUGUACUGGAAGCCAUCUUUCGACGCGGCAACGCCGGUAUCCGCCAACUUCCGUCAUGAGCUUGGCGAUCAUGGCUGGGGGAAUGACGAGAAACAGAAUUACACCGAUUCUCCCGCGAACUCUUUCCACCACGACAACCGGCUCGUUGUGCGUGGGUUGGUGCAAAAUGGCACCUAUACCUCUGCGCGCUUGACCUCACACCAGACACUAUCUCGCCCGCGCGGCUAUAUCGAAGCCACUACCCUCCCACCGAGCGCCCCUGGCAUCUGGCCGGCAUAUUGGAUGCUGCCAUGUGAGCCUUUCAACUGGCCAGGCGACGGCGAGGUUGACAUAAUGGAGAAUUGGAACGACGAAAAGACAAACCACUCUUGUCUACACUGGGGACACUACAAUGGCGAGGACGCGCAGAAGCACAGAGUUGUACAGACCCCCUUGCCUGACCUGACCACAAAUCCCCACACGUACGGAUUCGCCUGGAUCGAGGAGGAGGGCAUUCCCGACUGGCGAGGCAGACUUAUCUGGUACAUAGACGGUCGGCCAGUGAUGAAGGGCAACGUCCCAGCAGGUUCGAGACGUAUGGAGGAAUAUAGGAUACUGAUCAACAUAGCCAUGGGUGGAACAUGCAACAAGGGUAAAUUGCCAAGCGAUGGGUACUACGAUCUCGUCGUGAGCGAUUUGAAGAUGUGCGAAGAGCCAGUCGGAGGAUGGCAGGCAUUCGAGCAGGCCUGGAAUGCGACUCCUGAAGGUAAAGUCAUGUGAGCCUUAUGCCUGCCGGACACCACCAAUGCACGGCCUUCGAUAAUUUAGCCCAACUCUUUAGAAUCGUGAAUUGACGUUGAAAGCUGCAAGUGCCGUCAUAAGCAGCGAUGCUUGAUUUAGCGUCGCAUCCGCCCAGUUCGGUAGGCGCUUAGUCAGUAAUCUCACGACGUCAACUGUUGCUCGCCACACGCAAU